GAGGCGCGGAUUGAUGGUUCUCGAAGGGGAAAAUGCAAGGUGGCUAUGCAUGGGAGGGCAUGUGAGGAGAGGAAAAGGAGACGGCACAUGUGGACAGCUCCCUCGCGUGCAACUGCGAGUGUAAAAACCAUUGCAUCUUCUUCUUCUGCUGCUGUAACUUCUUCGUCGCUUUUGUUGUCCUCUUCUUCAACCAAUUCCUUCUUCAAGGACGGACGCAAAAUCAGCGUUGGUGAUUGCGCUUUGUUUAAACCACCGCAGGAUUGCCCACCAUUCAUAGGAAUAAUUCGCUCAGUAACUUCUGUAGGGGAGAAUCAGCUCAACUUGGGUGUGAAUUGGCUGUAUCGACCUGCUGAAGUAAAGCUUGGCAAAGGCAUCCUUUUGGACGCUGCGCCAAACGAAAUAUUUUACUCCUUUCAUAAGGAUGAGAUUCCUGCUGCAUCCUUACUUCACCCGUGUAAAGUUGCUUUCCUUCCUAAAUGCGUUGAACUGCCAUCUGGGAUUUGCUCGUUUGUGUGUUGGCGUGUAUAUGACAUCACCCACAAGUGUUUAUGGUGGCUGACAGAUCAAGACUAUAUUGAUGAACAGCAGGAAGAAGUAGAUCAGCUAUUGUGUAAGACACAUUUGGAAAUGCAUGCAACAGUACAGCAAGGUGGACGCUCACCGAAACCAAUGAAUGGUCCAACAUCGACAUCACAGUUGAAGACAAUUUCUGAUAGUGUACAGAAUAGUGGCUCUUCCUUUCCUUCUCAGGUGAAAGGGAAGAAGAGGGAACGUGUGGAUCAAGGUUUCGAGCCUGUAAAACGGGAAUGUGCCGCGAGGGUUGAAGAUGUUGAUUCUGUUCAUAAUAAAUGGGAGAUUACUUUAAGAUGUGAGAUUGCAAAUAUUACGGAAAAGGGGGGCCUCAUGGAUUCGGAUGGGGUCGAGAAGUUAGUCCAACUCAUGUUGCCUGAAAGGAAAAUAGAUUUAACAAGCCGAUCAAUGCUUGCUGGUGUAGUCGCAGCAACAGAUAAGUAUGAUUGUCUUAGCAGAUUCGUUCAGCUGAGAGGACUCCCUGUGUUUGAUGAAUGGCUUCAGGAAGUGCAUAAAGGGAAGAUGGGUGAUGGUACUAGUCCCAAGGAUGGAGAUAGAUCAACUGAAGAGUUCGUAUUAGUAUUAUUACGUGCUUUGGAUAAGUUGCCUGUUAAUCUCCAUGCACUUCAGAUGUGCAACAUUGGGAAAUCUGUUAAUCAUUUGAGAUCGCAUAAGAAUGUUGAGAUUCAGAGGAAAGCAAGGAGUUUGGUUGACACAUGGAAAAAGCGUGUUGAAGCUGAAAUGGAUGCUAAGUCAAGCUCUGGACAGGGUGUUUCAUGGACUGGAAGGCGUCUGCCUGAAAGUCCUCAUGGAACCAUAAAGACUGCAAUAUCACACUCCCAUUCUUCUAAAUUGUCUUCGGUUAAACUGAUCCAAGGGGAAAAUAAUACAAAAUCUGCUUCUCCAUCCCCUGGCGCUACAAGGUCAGCCCUGUCACCCACAUCAGGUGGUCUGAACAUGAAAGAGGGACAACAAAGAAAUUCUGGUGGUGUUGCUGUAUCUGAUGUUCCUCCAAUAUCUUUAAGGGAUGAGAAAAGCAGUAGCUCCAGUCCAUCUCACAAUAAUAGUCAGUGCUAUUCGAGCGACCAUGCUAAAACAGGGGGUAUCUCAGGAAAGGAGGAUUCAAGGUGUACCACCACAGGAUCACUAAACGUGAAUAAGAGCUCAGGUGGGUCUUCUCGCCACCGGAGAUCGGUCAAUGGUUUUCAGGGGUCUGUCUCAUCAGCAGGUCAUAGGGAAAGUGGUUCAGUCAGAAAUUCUACGCUGCCAAGGAGUAAUUCCAGUUCAGAGAAAGUAUCAGAGUUCAAUUCCACAUGUGAAAAGGCUUAUGAAGUACCAGCAGCUGAGGGUAAUACUCAUAAAUUGAUUGUCAAGAUACCAAAUCUGGACCGCUGUCCUUCGCAAACCACUGGUACCGCAUCCAUUGAAGAUGUUGCAGCUGUGAAUAGCAGAGCUUCUUCUCCUGUACUUUGCGAGAAGAAUGAUCAACUUGAUCAGAAUCUGCAAGAAGAAAAGUCUGAUACACAUAGGGCAAUUAUUAGCUCCGAUGUGCAUAAUGAGUCGUGGCAGAGCAAUGAUAGCAAAAAUGCACUGGCUGGUACAGAUGAGGGUGGAGGUUCUCCAUCUAUUCCAAAUGAAGAGCGAUGCAGGACAGUAGAUGACUCUAGGAAAAUGCCUGAAGUCCCGAAAGCAAGUUCACCGCAAUCUGUGAAUGAGCUUCCAGGGAAACCACAUGAGAAUCCUUUUAGCUCCAUAAAUGCUUUAGUUGAAAGUUGUGUGAAGUAUUCCGAGGUUAAUGCGCCUGUAGCAGCUGGAGAUGAUGUCGGAAUGAAUCUUCUUGCUAGCGUAGCAGCUGAUGAAAUUUCUAAGUCCGAAAUGGUUUCACCAACUGGUUCACCUCAGACAAAUGAGAACUCGUAUGUCGGAAAUGAUUCAAGGCAGAAUUUGUUCUCUGAUGAUCUUGCUGAGGCUCUUCCCAUUAAUGGUGCAAAAAUGGAAAAUGAGAAGCAGGACUUUGUUGGUGGUAACGUGUGGCCAAGAGAGGCUGAAAUCAAGUCACACUUUGACCCUGUAGCUGAUAUGGGUGGGAAAUUGGAUUCUUCUGCUCUGAAGCACCCUGUAAAUCAGUGCUUAGGGAACAAUGGACAGUCUAGAGAUGCAGAAAAAACAUCAACUGCCGUGUCCUCUGCAAAUGAGAUUAUGAAGACUACAGAUGAUGAUAUGAUCAAAGAAUCCAAAGACAUAGUAGCUGAUGGCAUCCUUGCUGAUGGUGUUUCAGAUGCGAAACAAAAGUUGUCAGCCGAUAAUAAAAUUGGUGACUCAGGUGUGAAAGUAGAGAAUGAAGUUUCCGGCUCCCAACCAUUCUUAGAAAGCAAUCAAAGUAACAAGGAUGAACUGAAGCCGCCAAUCAUAAAAUCAAGUUCUGAAGUAGUAACAGGAACUGAUGACUCCACAUUGCCUCUUGUUUCUGCAAAUGUUGAUGAGCUUAAAGCUGAGAAGACUGAUGAAAUGGAGACAGACAGUCAUCGUGAUCCUACAAAGGGGCAGAAAAUCGAGGGAGAGUCUUCUGCUAGUGGGAAGCAAGUAGGGGCUGGUUUAGUUUCAUCAUUAACUAACUACAAAGUUGAGCAUGUUGGGGAGAAUUUAGAUGGUAAAGAAGAUAAUGAGCAGCAAUCUGGUGUACAGUCUCAUCCAACAGUAUCCUCCUCUUUGAUGGUUAAGGACAAAGGAGAACAGAGUACAAAAGGGAGGGAAUCCAGGUUGAACACUUCUGGGGCGGGCGAGACAGACGAGUCUACUUCUGUUGUUGGAGAUGCUUCUUCUUCUUCUGUUGCAGACAGAGAUACAAAAGUUGAGUUUGAUCUAAAUGAAGGCUUCAGUGGAGAUGAUGGGAGGAAUGUAGAUUUUGGUAACUUAGCAGGAGCAGGAAUAUCAACACAUGUUCAAUUUUCUACACCGUUUCCUGCUUCAAUAACAGUAGCCACUGCUGCAAAGGGGCCCUUUGUUCCACCUGAAGACCUUUUGAAGAACAAAAGGGUGCAUGGUUGGAAAGGUUCAGCUGCUACAAGUGCAUUUCGUCCGGCUGAACCUAGGAAUUCUCUCGAGGUACUGCAUGCAACAAAUAAUACUGCUCGGUUGGAUUGUAAUACUCAAAAACAGAGUCGGCCUCCACUUGAUAUUGAUUUGAAUGUUCCAGAUGAGAGAGUCCUAGAAGAUUUGGUCUCCCAAACAUCAGGUCAGGCUUCGAUAUGUGGUAUUUCAAAUAAUUAUUUAUAUGAUCAGAAGAUGGGUUCUGCCCCUGCGCAGUCUGCUGGUGGACUUGAUCUUGAUUUGAACAGAGUUGAUGAAACCACAGAUUUUGGAAACUAUGCUGGCAACAGUCACAAGUUGGAUGCAUCUUUUCAGCCUGGUAGACAAGUAUCAAGUGGUCGAAUGACUGAUGAAGCAGGCAGACAGAGGGACUUCGAUCUGAAUAAUGGACCUGUGGUCGAUGAUAUAAAUCCCGAACCAUCAACCAUAUUUGCUCAAAAUACUGCUAGAAGCAGUUUGCCUUCGCAGCCAGCCCUUCCUGGUAUACGAGUUAAUGGCGCCGAUAUGGGGAACUUGUCAUCAUGGUUUCCCACAGCCAGUUACUCAGCGACUGUACCCCCCUCAGUUAUGCCUGAUAGAGAUAUGCCUUUCCCGAUAGUUGCAAGCGGUGGGCCGCAGAGAUUUUUAGGUCCAACAAAUGGUCCCUCCUCCUUAAAUCCUGAUCUGUAUAGAGGGCCCAUCUUGUCUUCUUCCCCUGCUGCUCCGUUCCAGGCUACUGCUCCAUUUCAGUAUCCAGUCUUCUCCUUCGGUACCAGUUUCCCUCUAUCUUCGGCCACUUUCUCUGGUGGUUCUGCUACAUAUGUGGACUCUUCAUCUGCUGGACGGCUUAGUUUUCCUCCCAUUAACUCUCAACUGCUGGGGCCAGCCAUUGCUGUCCCGUCCAAUUAUCCACGAUCUUACGUUGUUAAUCUCACGGAUGGUAAUAACAGUGGCGGUGGUUCAGAACCUAGCAGAAAAUGGUUCAGGCAGGACCUAGACCUAAACACUGGCCCUGGAGUCCCAGAUACCGAAGGAAGAAACGAAGCAUCCUCUGUUGCACCCUCAAGGCCAUUGUCAGCAUCCAGUUCACAGACCCUCAUGGAGGAGCAAGCAAGGAUAUUUCAGACGCCCGGUGGCGUUCUGAGGAGGAAGGAGCCUGAUGGAGGAUGGGAAGGAUAUAAGCAAUCUUCGUGGCAUUGAACUAAAAACAUGGUGUGGGGAAACCUCGUACACCUUGGGAGUCGUCCCACAGCCACAGAGGGAAAGGGUGGUGAGUUAUUUGAUGGUUUGCUCAUUAAUACACACAGCCUCUGUGUUAACUUUAUUAGCAUAAAGAAAAUCUGCGUCUCCAGGUGCUUUUGUUUCUUCCCCAUGGCAUAAAUUUGAUCUUAGGUGACUGCGAUCAGUUUGCCCCCUCUGUAGAUAUCUCUUUUUUGUUCAUUUAUACAUCUUCUUAUUAACAGUUUGGAAAAAGAAGAAAGCAUGCCCUUGCUGGUGUUAUUAGCCCAGCUUCUGACAACGAUGUUGCAUUCCCAAAAACUCGUUUCAGUGCAUUCACAUUACUCUUCGAAAUCAAGCAACAGGAUUGAUAAUGACGAGGCAAGUAGUGUAUGUUUGGUGCUUGUAAUCGUGGACGCAAAUAGGUGACGAUGGAGUUUUGAUGUCUUGAUAAUGAAUGGUUGAAGAAGAGAAGAGGAGUGUGACUGUGUUGUUUUAUGAAGCUUAGGCUAUGUUUGGUGUUCCAUCUUCAAACUCCUUUAAGCUGUCUUUGCUUUCGUUAUUUGCA